GCUUUGCUGAUGACUUGACAUCGCUGAAGUAGAAAACUCAAAAUGAAAGUGAAAGAACUCACCAAGAGAGAACGUAAUAUAGAUAAAAGGAAUCCUUUCGCUUUCACAGCGUGAUCAAUUAAAAAAAGAGCAGCAAUGCUCAGGUUAUUCACUUCACUGUUACGUUUCGAGAUACUACUGUUAACGUUUCAUCUGUAGACGUUGUUUAUAGAAUGACUCGUAAUGCCAUUUCUUUGACGCUGUUUGUGCUUUUCCCUCUGGCAAACUACAAACAUCAUGAUACAGUGUGGGCAGAGGAGACAGGGUAUUGCUCUCCCCCAGCCCCACUAAGUGACACAGAGCAUCCAAAUCUAGCCAGGAGGUUUAACGAAGGGGCAGUUUUUCGCUACAACUGCACUGUGGGUUAUGUACGAAAAGCUGGGACCUCCAAUCUCAUUCGCUGUGUGAAAAAGAAUAACACACUUGUGUGGUCGCAGUCCAACCUAAUAUGCAUCACUGACCCAAAGUUAAAAAGGACAAAAACUUCAGCACUGCCAGUAUUAUCAAAGGCCUCAUUAACACCCACUGCAGUACAGCCAGAAACAGCAAGUACCUAUAGGACAACUCCAGCUUCAACAACGAAGGAGAUUGUUCACUCCGAAACAACGUCUCCCUACAUGCCAUCCCAAACCGACCCAUUGCUCACAGAGUUCACAGUUUCAAGUACAGAGCUUGAAAGCCAAACAACAGAAAAGGCCUUAGAAUCCGAAACUACAGAAGGAGCGGAGUUUAAGAUUAAGGGUCCUUCCACCUUCUCAGUUUUAACGUCUACGUCACUGCCAGCCCACUCCCCAUCAGUACUGCCCUCUUCACCAUCCCUGCCCUCUCCUGAAGUUAAAAAAGACUCUGUUCAGGGAGCAGAAAUUACUACUCCGCCAGUUGAAAUCUCUGUCUCCUCAGUUACUGGUGCUGUAGCUGGAGUAGGAACCACAUUCACAGUGAUCAUUCUCGCAUCUGCAGUCAUGUUUUAUGUGUGGAGGAUAUACCGCCAUCCCAGGUCGAGGACCCCCAUCAUGCCAUCAGAACUCCAACCCAUCUCUAAACCACUUAACAACAAAGACGUCACCUUGAACGUGCCAGAAAAUGAAGAUGAGGAAUAACAUAUUCAUUAAAACGGCAAAUGUUAGUGUAACGCAUUGUUUUGUAAAUAAUUCUGCUGCUGUCAAAACCCUUUUGUGAUACGACUGCCUGCUCUGCAUUAGUAAUCAUUAUGAACUUGGAAUAUGAGAGCUUUUAUGAACUUGGGAUGAGUUGUUGGGAUGAGGGUUUACCUAGACAGCAAUGAAAUGUUAUUUAUAUUAUAUUUAUUCAAAACUUUACUCUCUCUAUACAAUAACCCCAUAUUGCAUUUAAUGGGCUCUUGCCAAAAUAUCACACACAGAGUCCCAGAUAAAAGCAACAUGCAAAUAUUUCGACUAUUACCUAAUUAAUAUUGUAAUGUAUGAUGACAGUGUCAUAACUCAUCAAGUUUUCUGCCGAUCAUGAUGCAGUAAUAGGAGCCCUUCUCUCAAUUCCUAUGUCAGUAGUCUAGUUUAUUUUGGAAGGACAGAAUCACGUAUUUUGUUCAUAGUAAUUUGUGUCUUUUGCCACAGGUUGUACUGCAUAAAUACAAAAUGAACUGCCAUAGAUUAUAUGAGCUUUCCCUGCUAAAAUAUCACCCAAUGAUAUGAGGACAAGUCAAUCUCUCAUCCUAGCGUUAAUCAGCAGGGUCCGCUUGUUGGCACGCCCGUCUCCAUUUGAUGGUUUGAACCAAAUCUUUGAGCUGACGUUGCCAUUAAAUGAGGACAAGUCAAUAAAUAAGUGAAUUUUACUAUCACUUAGAGUAUAUGUAAUACUGUCUAUAGGUAGUACAUAAUAAAUUGAAGUGAAAACUGUGAGUAUCUGACUUCUCUGAAUGUGGUACAUUUACUGUAGUUGUGGAGUAUAGUUGACUGCCCUACUACAAGAGGAUGGAGAAGCAAUGUGUCAUUAGAUUCUACUUAGUAAAGGUGCUAGAAGUGCUCUCUGUCGAUCAUAGACAUUAUUGUGAAUCCGCCAGUAUAUUCUGCAGAUCACUGCACCAGGUGACACAUCAACAUUAAUGAAACCCGUGUUCAUCAUUAUGAACGUGAGAGUAAACGGCUGUAAAUGCCAUGGAAACACCAAAGAGCAGCACCAGAAAGGUCACUGUUAGGACACUGAUGAUGACAAUAUUCUGGGACCCAAAUAGAUUAAAGGAUGUUGUUGUCAGCUAGUCAACUAGUGUGACUUCUGCAAACAAAACAGAGCCCAGCAGGAUGCACACAGAAUCGCACAACAGUCACCAUUAGUACCAUUCUCCAGCAGGACAUGUCCACACAUGGUAAGGGGUACAUUGCGAUGAUUAAAUCAACACCUUACCCAGUUUGCAGUCUACAUCUCAUACCAUUGGAUAUUCAUCUAUUUAUCUAAAGGAUGUCAGAAGCUUAUAACUAUGUUAAUUAGUUGGAUAAUUCAAAUUUGUACCUGUUGAUUUACCCUUCAAUUGAAAAAUGUUUUACUUUUUUAAGAAUGACCAAAUUGGGUAAAUAUAUUUUUUUAAAUUGAGAAGUUCAGAUAAGUAAAAUCAGUAUUAAGAAUUUUGGUUUAUAUGAGAGUCUUUGGAGCUCAGAAAGAAUUGUCCCUUUUUCAUAGGUGUAACACACGUAACAAUGCUUAUUCUUUUUGUAUACCAAUAAAAGUCCAAAUAGUUCUUCUUUUGCCUCCCAAUUUUGAAUGGUUGAAACAAAAUGUGGUUACCACUAAACAUCUUGUACUUUAGGUAGAAAAAAUUGUAAGUAGAGAUCUCAGGAUUAACUGAUGUUAAAAUAAAUGAACUGAACUGAAUUUACGCUGUUGUCACAUUUAGGGCACAAGCACACUGUGAACCACAGUUAAAUAUAGACGCCCAUGAAGAGUGUGUUUAUAACCAUUUAUAAACCGGAUGACAUUUGAAGAUAAGAUAUACAUGUAGCACAAACAAGGAAUGGUGCUCUUGAUAUAUUAUUAUAAUAUUGUGAUGCGAACCAUACAAAGUGUGUUGAGAGCAACAUUAACAUCAAUUUUCCAAAGAGGCAAAAUAAGAACUAGGUCACAUACCAGUUUUUUAAAUCUGUUAACUGAGUCUUUAACUGAGAAAAUAUUCAGAGGAGUUGUACAAAAUGUGCUGCAAAUAAUACAUUCAAACAUUAUUUUUAUAAAUGUCUUUAAAAAUAAAGUUUAUGGAUUUUGGAUA